AUGGCGUCCACAGCACUCAACACACCUCACUCGGAGCACUCUGCAUCUUUUGUUCCAUCAAAGAGUCUUAUCUCUGAUUACGAAAACUUUGACGCUAUCAAAGAAAUUUACUCUGGCUUCAUCGACAAAUUGGAAUAUUCUACCAUGAGCGCCAUCUCAGAUGACAAUGAAACCUUUCAAGCUUUGUUGUCUGAGUUUGCCUCUUAUAACACGGGCAGAUGGUUUGAGGCCUUGUGUCGAGAGUCAUCCACAAUAGCGGAGCUUGGUUACGCUAAUCAUUCCCCAGCAGUGCGGCUACAGGCAGCACGCUUCACAUGGUAUCUUAUAUAUGUGGAUGAUCUUGGGCAAAAAUUCCCCUCGAUGCUGGAAGGAUUCCAAGAACGACUGUUAACUUGCAAAGAUCCUGAGGGAUCUUUUCUCCAGGCAUUCCGCGCGCACCUCGCAGAUAUGUAUAAGUUCUGGGACCCUCUCCCCGCCAACUGUAUCACGCUAGCAGGCAUAGAUUUCAUCAACGGCUGCCUUUUGGAACAGAGCCCAGAAAUUAGUGAAAUGCGCCUUUCGAAAGCUGCUACCUCGUGGCCAUACUUCUUGCGUAACAAGACGGGUAGCGCCGCAGCCUACGGAUUCUUCCUCUUCCCAAAAGAGUUGAAUGUCGACAUGACAACUUAUAUCCAAGUAAUGGAGGACAUCGUUUUUUACACAAAUCUAACCAACGAUAUUCUCUCAUUCUAUAAAGAAGAUAUUGCUGGGGAGAGAAACAAUUACAUUUACAAUAGAGCCCAUGUAUCGCAUCAAAGCGCUAUCGAUGCUCUACGAGAUACUGUGAAAGACACGUUGGAUGCGCAUGCCAGAAUUACCGAGGUGCUCAAGGGUACGAAUGCCUAUGCAUCCUGGAAGACAUGGGUAAAUGGAUAUAUAGGAUUUCACACAACAUUGAAGCGUUACCGCCUCGACGACCUUGGGAUCGCUUGA